CGUGCGUCGUCGUCAAUCCCAUCCUGCUUGAUGUUGGUUCGUCGUUAGUUGUCGUCGUCGUGUUUUGCUGUCGUUAAAUUUGUUUAUUACAAAUCCACAGAGAAAAAGAAAAAUGAAAAUUUUCAACAAUAAAUUGACGAGUAAACAAAAUAAAUGCAAGUGACAAAACGUUAAAAAACUAUUACUAUUAAUAUUAUUAUUGCCAUCAUGAAGUUAGUGAAUAGAAGUGUAGAUAAAUCUUAUCAGGGGACUGUGGUACUUAUCCCAGAGGAACCUGAAGAUAUGUGGCAUGCUUAUAAUCUGAUAACAGAAGGAGACAGCGUCCGAAGCACAACAAUACGAAAGGUACAAAAUGAAACAGCUACUGGUUCUUCAACAAGUAAUCGUGUCCGAACAACAUUAACUAUUCGCGUAGAGUCUAUAGAUUUUGAUACUCAGGCAUGUGUCCUUCGCUUAAAAGGUCGCAACAUUGAAGAAAAUCAAUAUGUUAAGAUGGGGGCAUAUCACACUCUCGAUUUAGAAUUAAAUCGAAAAUUUCAAUUAUGCAAACCCGAAUGGGAUUCAAUUGCCUUAGAACGCAUCGAUAUGGCGUGUGAUGUUACACAAUCAGCGGAUGUAGCAGCUGUUGUCAUGCAAGAAGGAUUAGCUCAUGUUUGUUUAAUAACAGCUAGUAUGACAUUGGUGCGUAGUAAAAUUGAAAUUUCAAUACCACGCAAACGUAAAGGAAAUGUCCAACAACACGAAAAAGGUUUAGCUAAAUUCUAUGAGUCCGUGAUGCAGGGAAUUUUACGACAUGUUAAUUUUGAUGUGGUCAAAUGUGUUCUUAUUGCCUCGCCUGGUUUUGUACGUGAUCAAUUUUUUGAAUAUAUGUAUCAACAAGCUGUGAAUUCUGACAUUAAGGUUCUUUUAGAAAAUAAAAGCAAAUUCAUGCUGGUGCAUUCUUCAUCGGGUUUUAAACAUUCAUUGAAAGAGGUUCUUCAAGAACCAGCCGUCAUUGCGAAAAUGUCCGAUACAAAAGCAGCUGGUGAGGUUAAAGCCUUAGAGCAGUUCUAUACUGUUUUGCAAUGUGAACCAGCUAAAGCUUUCUAUGGAAAGAAACACAUUCAAAUGGCUGCCGAUGCCAUGGCUAUUGAAACUCUUCUUAUAUCAGAUAAUCUCUUUAGGUGCAAAGAUGUCAGCCAAAGAAAAGAAUAUGUUGCUUUGGUGGAAUCUGUUCGAGAUGCCGGUGGCGAAGUGAAAAUAUUCUCGAGUAUGCACAUUUCUGGAGAACAACUAUCACAAUUAACAGGAAUUGCAGCAAUUUUACGUUUUCCUAUGCCAGAGCUAGAAGAUAGCGACAAUGAUGAUGGUGGUGAUGAUGAUUCAGAUUCAGAUUAAUCGAAAUAAAAUUUUAAAAAAUACAAAAAAAUUAGUAUAAGUAGCUAACGUAUGCGCAGUUUUUUAGCCUUAAAAAAUAUCCAAUAAAACAAAUCAAAACAAAAAUAUAAGAAACAUUUAUUUCUUAUAUGCAAUUUGUAAGCAAGUAAAAAUAAAUAAAAGCUAUUUUAUUUUUUGUUAAGUUA